AUGGCAGACAGACUUAAUCCAGGCAACACCCCCGCCGACCAGCUAUCCUCCACAGAGACCGACGUUCCCUUAUUCCCCUUCCAUUAUCUCCAAAUCCCCGCUUCCAUAGAGCCCAGCGUGAUCAUGUCUCCCUCAAGCACAUCGGUAUUCACCUCCGACUCCUUCAAUCAUUCGUCACAUGCGUCUGCAUCACUCAUCCCUUGUGCUGUCGCUCGUAGUCCAUUACGGGGUGCACAGCCGCGACUACGUGAAGGAUUGCUUUCUUUAUCUAGGGUCAGGAGCAGGUCUUUGGCAAGCGUGUCUGCGUAUUCUGUGCCUCCGCCCGCACCAAACCGUGGUUCGAUACCUGCAGAAGAAUCGAGGCCACUUCCUGUCUGGCGUCGUCCAUUGCCCGAUCCCCGACAGGCACGGCGUUUGUCCGACAUGACUGAGGCUGGGGGGUCGCUGAUCACUCCCCCACCCCCGUACAAACCUCGGUAA